CAAAAAACUUUGGCCAUACACACCACACCACAAACAAAAUACAAGGUAGCUAGAAGAAGGGAAAGCAGCAGCUGGGACGAAAAAAAACAAGUGCUGCCAAACCCUAGCUAGCACUUUAAUUCUCCAAAGAGCUCAGCUCAGCUCAGCAAGCAGAGGUAGCUAGCUAGAGAGAGCUCUCUCUCUAUUAGACAGCAGCAGCAGAAGCAGAAGCAGAAGCAUCGCUAGCUACCCACCACCAUGAUCUUCCCCCCUGCCUUCCUGGAUUCCUCGAGCUGGAAUGAUAACAACAACCAGCAGCAGCAACAGCAGCAUGCUCAUGGUCAUGGCCACCAGGUUGAAGCCGGUUGCGGCGGCGGCGGCGACGGCAAUAGUCAUGAGCUUCUUCAGCAGUCAAUCAUGCCGGGUACGAUUCCCGAGGGCGGCGGCGGUGGUGGCGGCGGGGUGGGGCCGGCGAAGCCGAUGUCGAUGUCGGAGAGGGCGCGGCUGGCGAGGAUCCCGCUGCCGGAGCCGGGGCUCAAGUGCCCGCGCUGCGACUCCACCAACACCAAGUUCUGCUACUUCAACAACUACUCGCUCUCCCAGCCGCGCCACUUCUGCCGCGCCUGCCGCCGCUACUGGACGCGCGGCGGCGCGCUCCGCAACGUCCCCGUCGGCGGCGGGUACCGCCGCCACGCCAAGCGCGCCAAGCCCAAGGCCGCGUCGGCGGCCGCCGCGGCGGGGUCAUCAGCCGCCACCGCCGGCUCGACGCCAGCGGGCUCGACGACGUCGUCCACCUGCACCACGGCCAACGCGCCCGCUCUUCCGGCGAUGCUCGGCGGAAACCUCUCCAUCCUGCCGCCGCUGCUCCGCCUCGCCGACUUCGACGCCAUGAGCCUCGGCUCCACCUUCUCCGGUAUGGGCGGCAAGCCGCCCGUCGACGCGGCAGGCUGCUACUCUGUCGGCAGCGGCGGCGCCACCACCGCCGCCGGCCUCGAGCAAUGGAGACUGCAGCAGAUGCAGAGCUUCCCGUUCUUCCACGCGAUGGACCAGGCGACGCUGGCGCCAGCACCGGCAAUGGCAAUGCCGGGAAUGUUCCAUCUAGGCCUAGACGGCGAUGGCCAUGGCGGCGGCGGCGACGACGGAGGAGAGCUCCACCAUGCGAUGCCAUCGAAGAGAGAAGCCGGAGGAGGCUACCCGAGGGGCAUGUAUGGCGAUCAUCACUUCGCCGGAGGCUACACCACCUCCUACUCCAGUGCUGCCACAGGUAACCAUCUCUUGUGAUGAGAGCCUAGCUAAUCACACAACAAUCUAGCUAGCUAAUGGUGAUCGAGCUGCAAAUAUACUAUUGUAGCUCUACGAUUAGCUAGCUAGAUAUAUAUCAUAGGGCGUGUGAUCGAUAUGAUUAUAUAUCAAUGGUGGUGUGAGAUAUAGAACGAAAUUAAGUUUAAGGAGGAUGGUGAUCAAGAGAGGCAUUUGCAUUUUGCGCUUGCAAUUCAGCUAGCUAAUGUGCCAAUGGAGACUGGAGGAGUGUUUUAAUUUGGAUCAUGCAAAAGUAGUACUAGUAUUCUCUAGCUAGUUUAGCUUUGGAUGCAUGAUCUAUCUGAUCACUUCAUGUGUUUCUUCUUCUUCUUCUUUUCUUUUAAAUGUUAGGUUUUUUUACUCGUGCAUUGGGGCCAAGUUAUGUGUACCACCACUACUACUGUUGUUCAUGCAAACUCCUAUUAUAUGUCAAUUAAUUCUCCUAUAUAUCAUGUG